UGAUAUGUUCCGUCUUCAUUUCCCAUAAGCCUUCAUUUUUCUCUGGGAAAAAAAAAAGCCGCCAUGCACAGUGUAGGAUGAGCAGCCGAUAAACAGAUUCAUUGGAUGAACUAUAAAUGAACUAACAGGAUGCUAGAUAACAUUCGAUACGCUACCAGGCUUCCGAAUACGUGCACAGUUCAAGUCCCAUUGUGUCAUUGGAGACGCGAGUGUGAACUAACCCGUGAAUACAGACGUUUCACUUUCUUCCUAGAGGAAUUCGUUGUUCUAUGAAGUAGUCCUUCAAACAUUUUAUAUUAAUUCAUUAAUUUGCGUUGUGUACUUUUGUAAAAGUUUUCGCCAAGAGUUUCUCGUGUAUGUCUUGAUCUUUCACGUGUGGCUCAAAUAUUCGGCCUGCGGAGCUGUUUUCACUAACAGAAGAAAGGGCAAAGAGAUCAUCCGAUCAGCACUCGUCCUUCUCUGUCACGUGAUCACCAAAUGCCAAUGCCAGUUGAAAGUAGCAAGCCCAUGCCAGGGAGACAAGUCUAGUUCGUACGAAUGCAAGACAAUUCCUCUCUCAGCACUUUCAACCUCAGCCUCAUUUUCAUACUCUUCUUAUCAUUCCUUCCUCCCUCCCACGAACGAUGUCCGCAGAGUACAGAGUGCCGAGGGGAGCGCCCUACGCUGCAGAAUGGGUGCUGCCCCGUGGAACCGAGUCAGGCCUGUUCUCCGGAACAAGGACUCGAUUGCGACACGGGGCUAGGAUUUUAUUGUGCGGAUGAACAGGGGGAAAUAAUCCUCGAUGGAGAAGGAACCUGUCUGGGUCAGUACAACCUCGCAGUGUUGAAUGUGAGCACCAGCAGUGUCAAUCUGACCUGGGAUCAUGUGGCUCAGGAACUGGACAAUUUUGAGUAUGUCGUCAUGUACAGGGAGUCGACGUUCUAUCACUCAGACAGUGGCUGGAAGAAUAAAGACGUAGGGGAAAGGCCUAAGGCUCUACUAAAAGAACUCAGUCCAGGGACUCUUUAUUUUGUUAAGGUGGCGAUAUGGUCUGGACGUUCGCUAGGCAACUACUCGGAGGUCAUCAUGGUGGACACCGUUGCGGCAUCCUAUUGCGAACACAAGUCGAAGAAGUACGAAGUGGGUGAACAGUUUGUCCACGAGUGUGAGGACAACUGUACCUGUAUGUCAAACGGCCAGUUCCAAUGCCAUCCUGUCUGUCCCGAAGAUUUAGGCCUACCCCAAGCCCCCGAAGAAGGUUGUGAGUACGAAAGAUCAGCUGACUGCUGCACAUACAUCAAAAUAUGUCAUUUUGGAGGCGAGCCCUGCAGUUACAACAACCAGACUCACAACCACUUGGCUGAGUUCAUGGAUGGUUGUAAGGAGUGUCAGUGCAAUUUCGGCAGCGUGGAUUGUAAGUAUUCCCAGGAGUGCAGCCCCAUGGAGGUCACAGUUUCAUGCCCGAAACCAAAAGUCCGUGAUGUUGGUGAAAAUUGCUGCCCUGAAUGGGAAUGUGAGAGUACAUGUACCUACGAGAACCAGACAUUCAACCAUUUGCAAUACUUCUCAAGUAGCCAGUGUGGACUAUGCCAGUGCAACGUUGCAGACGGCGUCCAAUGCGCCUCGGAUUGCCCGCCCGUUGCCAUGGUCUUGCCGGACGCCGCCUGUCCGGAUCCACAGAUUAAAAAAGACGGAUGCUGCGAGACUCUUCACUGCCACGAUCCGAACACAGACAUUCUCCAGUUCAUGCGAAACAUGUUUGCGUUGUCCUACAGUCCAGCCACCCUGACCUUAAGUUUUGAAGUGGACUCUCAGGAGGACGCCAACAAACCCCUGUACUGCCAGUAUGAGAUACUCUACACGAGCACGUCUGACCCUCAAGGCAACUGGAGCAGACGACUCAUUCAGCCGACGGACGUCUUGCUACAGCAAGACCAGUCUAGUCACACGAAUCUCACCGACCCUCUGACCCAUGACAGCGCCAUCGUGGUGGGUAAGCGUGCUUACGUCACACUGUCCGGCAUGCACCCGAACACGACUUACUAUGUGAAGAUAAUCCCACUGGACGGUCUACGUGAGGACAUGUCCGAAUCUCAGGCUGGUCAGCUUCAGUACAGCGACAGAAACAUAUCAGCCAUGGUGGUGGUCAAGACAAAGUCUUUGGUCAAUGUGACGUCAUGUUUCCACGAUGGUAAUGAAGUUCUACACUUGGAGGUCGUCCCUGGUCACUGCGGUCAGAGGUGUCAGUGUAUCCUGGGCCAGAUCAAAUGCCAGAGCAUCUGCGAGAGCGAAGCUCAAGUGGUCGCCUCGUCCACUACAUGUCCGGUGCCCAGGCUAGAGAGGAAACAGAACGACUGCUGCCCAACUUGGACAUGCUAUCCCUCAGCGUCUGGCUGUAUAUACAACGGAUUGAUUAUGUCCCAAGACCAAUCCUUGACCGAGGCCUGCCAGGUUUGCACAUGCAGAAAUUCUAGCGUGCAGUGUAGCCCAGUAUGUCAGACCAGCGAGAAUCCCCCAAGACCCGGUUGUGAGCUGACCAAUAUCACUGGGCAAUGCUGUCCUCAGUGGAGCUGCCCACUAGAGACUCACCCGCCAUCUGGCGUGAGGUCAACCAACAUUGCUGAGUUCCUUGGCAACUGCGAUAUUCCCCAUUCGGAGUUCAAAGAGAUGGUUGUGCAGAAACUGAGGGGGUAUUUGUCAAGCCAGCCCGCCUGCGCUAUGCAGACCAACUUCUGCGACUCUCUGAGCCUGGCGGUCACAUGUCCAGGUGGAAGCAACGAGGACUUCAUGCACAGGAGGCGCCGCCGGUCUGCGGUCAGUGAUAGCUCGGACAACAUCUACAUCCAUGUGUCUGUCUAUCAAAACUUCAGCUCUAAUACUUCCAAAGAAGUCGUCGAGCAGCAGGUCCGUACAGCUGGGUUGAAGCUUCUUUCUAUGCUAAAUACUACCUUCGAGUUGAACCUCGACAAUGGGCACUCCUUGAAGUCGACUAACUUGGUCAUCUACGAAGGCCUUUCCUACGUAUGUGACCACAGCUUCUCCUACGUCAAAGAUCUGGACACUUGCAUUUUGUCUGAAAUUGAGUCAGUGCAAGUAUUCAAACCGAACGUCCAACUGACGGCCACUACAGUGUCAGAGACCAGUGCAAGUCUUCAGUGGACUCUCUCAGAACCACAAGAUUUAAACCAAGUUCAAGGGUUUGUUGUUGAAUACAGACAAGAUGGAAGUUUGCAGUGGAUGACCUCCCAUGUUAUUGGCUCCUCACAACGGCUAUACAACAUCACCUCUUUGAAACCGGAUGUCAGCUUUACUGCUCGUCUGGUAGCGCUUCUGUCAUGGUCAGGCAGCAGCAAAUGGACAGUGGCUGAAAUCGGUUUUAGAACAACAUCGAUCCCUGUGCCCAUAAUCGCACCGUACAGUUUCCCACUGAAGAAUGUGACCAUCCAUGACAGCUGGGCUUUGCUGAUCUGGGAGCCGCUGCCCAGUGAAAUGCUGCUCAAACUAUCUGCGGUCAGUGUCAUCUACAAACAGUCCUAUAACAGUUACUAUACACACAAGCAAAUUGUUUCAUUCAAGAGUCAGACUCAAGUGCAACUGACUGGACUACAACCAGACACAGUCUACUCUGCUGAGAUCACCAUGCUGUUCUUUUCUGGGGAGACCAAAACUUCUGGACCUGUCCACUUUGUGACGAAAUCUCCACGUAACGUGUCAUCAGAGCUGCUUGUCGCUGUCAUUAUCGCCUGUGUCGUGUCACUCAUUGCUACUGUCGUGGUUAUCAUGACCUGCUUGAUGUGGAGGAAGAGCAAAAAGAAAGGGGACACCACUGGCUUUGAAAACAAAACUUUUGGAAUUCCCUUAGAGAACAACAACGAGGAGAGACCAAGCUGUCAUCCGGUGGUGAGCCCUGUCACCGAAGUGGAUGCCUCCUUCCCGAACAUAACCACUGUGAAUCUCAACAUGGACAUCUCCAUGCCGGCUAACGCAGUCUCAAACUGAUGCAGCCUCAAACUGAUGCAGCCUCAAACUGAUGCAGCCGCAAACUGAUGCAGCCGCAAACUGAUGCAGCAUCAAACAGAAGCAGCCUCAAACUGAUGCAGCCUCAAAAUGAUCCCGUCAAGAAUCUCAACAUACACCCUUGCUCUCACAAGCUUAUUGCAGGUUUUAUUCACAGUUUUGACGCAGGUUGCCACGAUGCGUUUUGGUGCGUACAAGCCAAUCAAAUUUAUUUGGAUGUCCGGAUAUUGUUUUUUCUUCUGUUCAGCAGGCGAUAUGUUUAGUCUGAUCUUGGAAAAACAAAAACUAAAUGAUUCUCAUUGCCUGCUUCAAGCUAAAUUAAUGAUCAUAGCAUAUUUAACAAUGUGUCUUGUUAUUCAUUCAUAAGUAUUUUCUUGUCCUAUUAAAAAAUAUAUAUUUUACUUUUUAAAAAAUUCAGACUCUGUUCUUGGAGUUGUUGUUUUUUUCCUUGAGAGAGUAAAAGAUGUUUAAGUCUGUUUCAAGUGUAUUUUUUUUGUUGCUGCUUUAAAUAAUAUCUGCAAAUGUGUAAUCCAAGAGACUGUUUUUAUAUGUCGUCAUUACAUUUUUAUGUGUUACAUUAUUACUCAGAAUGGAAUGUUAUGAAAUGUAAUGGAAUGUUAUGAAAUGGAAUGUUAUGUGAUGGGAUGGAAAGAAAUGGUUGUGUUUGUUGCUCAAGAAAGUAAAAUAUUUUUGUUGCUUUUUUUUUCUGUCGCUUAUUCCUCAUCAGAAUAAUAAAAAAGAUCAUCAUUCCAUUUUGUUCACAUUUCGUUCUGUGAAUUUCGUAGAUUUAAAUAUUAUUGUUUUUUAAAAUAAAAAGUAUCUAUUAAGUAUAUCCCCACCUGCCAGCAGGAUUAUCUGCUCUUGCUCAGUGAAUCUUCACUAGUCUUUUGGCCUCCCUUCUAUUUUUCUCACAUGCUAUCUUACAUCAUUUGUUUUGAUUGAAGUACAUGGCCUAGCUUCGCAAGUUCGCAUCCUCUAUAUUUGAUCUCUAUAAUUGGUCAAAGUUGGGCAUUUAUUAUAAGCCAUGUGAGAUAGAGUUUGGAUAUAAAUCUAUUCAAGUUAUUUUUACGGUAUAAGAUUAAAUAGUUUAAUCUUAAAUGAUUGACUUAGUCCUAGACGACAAUUACAUAAAAAAUCGGAACAUUUAAAAAAAAUUCGUAACCGAAACAAAUGUUAUUUAUUUAUUUAUUUGUUUGCUUUGUUUUUUCAUGAUUUCUCUGAUUGGCUAAUUCAUAUUCAAUGCUUUAUAAUUUCUGUAUUCGAAUAUAUACUCAUGUCUUAUCUAUCUUUUGUUUCCUGUCUUGGAAAUAUGUCUUCUUGGUCCACAGUAUUCUAUGCAAUGCACGUAAAAGGCAAAUACAUUGAGAAUAAAUUGUAUGUAUUUUUAUGUCAAUGUCCAAUACUCGGAGAAAAUGAGACACAGUGGAUGGAAUGUUUCUUUUAGUUUUAUCGUACUGACAUUACAAUGAGAUCAUUCUGUGUUUAAUACUUAACAUGUGGUGUCACAUACUUCAUUGUCUACUCCAGUAGACUCUCGUAUAUUUUUUUAAAGAGAACUUUCUGACGGUAUAGCUCAUACAUUAAGUUUAACAGUCCAAUGUGUCUGUUUAACAGUCGAAUAUUUCUGCUCAACAGUCCAAUGUGUCUGUUUAACAGUCGAAUAUUUCUGCUAAACAGUAGAAUGUGUCUGUUUAACAGUCGAAUAUUUCUGCUCAACAGUCCAAUGGUGUCUGUUUAACAGUCGAAUAUUUCUGCUCAACAGUAGAAUGUGUCUGUUUAACAGUCGAAUAUUUCUGCUCAACAGUCCAAUGUUUAGGUUUAGCAGUCCAAUGUUUAGGUUUAGCAGUCCAAUGUUUCUGUUUCGCAGUCCAGUGUUACUGUUUAACAGUUCAAUGUUUAGGUUUAACAUCCAAUGUUUCUGUUUAACAGAUCUGUAUUUGAUUGAAACAUUUUAUUGUAUAUAUACUGGAUACAAUGUUUGCAUCAAAGAAUGUAUUCAAAUAUUCAUGUGUUGCUUGAAUUAAUAUGCUUUCGCUUGUUGUAAAUAUUUACUAUUGAUUUUAAUCGAAUAUUUAUAUGUAUUUAGUUUUUUGUGAGAUCGAGAGAAAGAUUUGUGUCCUGCACUAGACUCCACUAUUCAAGACACCGUAGUGUUAGGUUAAUAGCUUUCACUGAUUACAAGAAAACAAAUUAUCGAACAACUAAAACACCACCUGACUUUUUUGUUUUGUUUUCGAAGUAGGAAGUAACCUUUAAAUGUUUUAUGUGUGGUGUUUGUAAAUAUUAAGCAAUGAAAAGUAAAUUUGUCAUUUAAUGUUAUGACAAAAUUAUCUUUACAAAAUAUAUUUUUAAAAAUACUUGUAAGAAGAAAUCUGGUUAGUGGACCACAAUACAAUACUGUAGCUUUGUUGUAUAAAAUAAGGAACAGUUAUUCUAUUGGAGAUGUUCAUGCAUAGUGGUCAAACUAUAAAUAGCAACUUUUGGGUGUACACAAUAAAGGAACUGUUUAUAAGCAAUGUUGUUUUUUAAGGUAGAGGAUCAUUUGUGUACACUUUUUAACUCUGCAGAAUCUCAUUGUCUAAUGUAUGAGGAUCAUUUGUGUACACUUUUUUUAGCAGCCCCCGAAAGGGGAAAACACUAUUAGUUUUGUGCAAAAUGUCUGUCCGUCUGUCCGUCCGUCCCGUUUAGAUCUGGUAAACUAGAAAAGAUAUUGAAAAUCCGACAUCACAAUAUUUUAGACCAUUCAAAGAUCUGAUGCAACGGCUCCUUUUUUUUUCUGAAAGCGAAAAAUCUAAUUUUUAAAAUCAGUUAUGCAAGCAGUUUUUUAAAGAGAAAAAGCUAAUUAGUAUGCAUUAUAAGUUAGACCUAAAUUUAAAUGAAUAGUAAUCUUACCAACUUCAUUUUUCUGAACAUUUUUUUUAUUGCGGAGUUUUUUGUUUUUUUUUUCGAAUAAGAGAUUGAGCCUUUUCAAAACAAUUAGAUCAAUUAUAAGACAUCAGUUAGGCCAAGGGAGACGUGGUGGCUGAGCGGUAAAGCGCUUGGCUUCCGAACCGGGGGUCCCGGGUUCGAAUCCUGGUGAAGACUGGGAUUUUCAACUUUGGAAUCUUUGAGCGCCUCUGAGUCCACUCAGCUCUAAUGGGUACCUGACAUUAGUUGGGGAAAAGUAUAGGCGGUCGGUCGUUGUGCUGGCUACAUGACACCCUCGCUAACCGUAGGCCACAAAAACAGAUGAACUUUACAUCAUCUGCCCUAUAGACCACAAGGUCUUAAAGGGAAAUAGUUAGGCCAGGUUCACAUCUAACUUUACAUUCACUUACAUCUAUCUAUCCUUUGAUCUGCGGGACCGUUGGGGCACUACACAAGAUCUGUUAACCUUCUUUCUCUAUUCUUAUCUCUCAUUUGUCUUUGAUAUAAUUUCAUUUGGAUGUUUCUUUCUGAAAAUAUUGAAGCCUGCCUGGGUAGACCUCUUCGGGGCCGAUUUCGAGUUUGUGUUUCCACACAAACUGUCUUUUGUAACCUUGUUAACUCUGCAGAAUCUCAUUGUCUAAGCCCUCCGUUUAUUGCAUAAAAUAAUUUCAGUGUAAAGAACGUACCAGACAUUCAAUCUAGGACUUGAAAUUUAAAUAGAAACAAAUGUGCCACUAGCUUGCUAGAUCUAUUGCCUCGCAUUGAGAUUGUGUUUGAAGUAUAAGAAAGGUCAAUUUUUGUUUUUAUUUAGUUGGUAACUGUGACUUUUAAAUUUAGCAUCCUUGACAUUGUUUAGUUUAUAGUUUAAGUCUCUAAUAUUCCUUAUUUCACUGUGCUUAUAAUAAGAGAAUUUUUUGUUGUUUUUUACGUAUUAAUAAAUGAAUAAAAAUUCUCAACACAUGAAAAACAUAUUUCCUUUUAAUAACAGGUCUAGAUCUAAUAUUGAAACUCACGAAUUGUUUUACUUGCUAUUGCUUGGAAAUACUUAAGUCCUUUUGUCAGAUCAGUGUAUAGUCAAAGACAAUGUAGUUAGUUGUAUAUUUGGUUGCUUGUGAUGUAUAUAGGUAUGUGAUUGUAUACAUUGAACUCAAAGUUGCUGCUGACAAAUAUUAUCAUGUUGAUAAUUUUAAAACUAGAUGAAACCAUUUCAUUCGAGUUGUGAUUUUGUAACACAAUUAAACAAGAAUAACAGUUCAAGUAAAACAA